CAUAAAAACGCAGCGUUACGCUGAAGCAAUGGACAAAAGAGUUUAGCUCUGGCUCUUCAUUCGAACUCCCGCAGACUUCUUCUAGACUGAGAGUCAGGUGACUUGAAGGUUCCUCUGUGCCCAGUUUUGUGACUUCUCAACUUCCUCUUUGUUUAUUUGCUAUGGCGGACGAGGAACCUGUUGAUCAAAAGAAGUACCUUGAAGAGUCUUGCAAGCCAAAGUGUGUCAAACCACUACUCGAGUAUCAGGCAUGUGUUAAGAGAAUCCAAGGUGAUGAAAGCGGGCACAAGCAUUGUACUGGGCAAUAUUUCGACUACUGGUCUUGUGUUGACAAAUGCGUUGCACCAAAGCUUUUCCCAAAACUGAAGUGAUUUGUCCUAAACUGACAUAGCAUGUCUUUACGUUUUUGAAUGGAUUAAAUGUUUCAGAACAGUUUAUUUUGUUUCCCUGAACUAGGGAUGGAUGUAUGACGCAGUUUUCAGAACAUGGGGACACAUAAGUUAUGAUCAAUAAAAAUGAAAAUAUCCUCUUUGUUGGUUUUGAUC